GUCCGUUCAUGUCUCACCGAAAUUUCUCGUGUCUGCAGGAAGAUGGCGGACGGAUUUGUUGCUCUCGGAGAGAUCCGCAAUUCGCAGCGACCGGGUCGUCGCGGGGAAAAGACCUAUGGCAAGAAGAAACCCAAUAUGGCUCACACCAUGGCAUUGCAUUUCGAUCUCUUUGGUGGAGGGAAUCAGAAUAACAACGACAACAAGCUUGUGAAGAAAACGGCUCAAAUGACGGUGACGGAGCAAGAGACCGUGAUGGAGCCUCCUGUGCAUGUGAAUGUGGAUGAUGAGAGUGCCACAAAAGAAAAAUUGCCAACCAACAUGUCAAGGCCGCACAAGUCAAUGGAUUUGAAUCCCAGGUUGAGAGGACGGCGGAAGGCUACGGCUUCUCGAAAGGUAGUGACACUUGGGCAGGACAAACUCCAGGCUGUAAAGCCACUGCUAUCACUGGUCCAAGGCCAAGUUCGAGACUUUUUCGAGUUUGGCAAAAGUAUGGGCAAGAAAUACGAUUGCGUCAAACUGGGCGAAGGAGCAUUUGCAGAUGUUUUCAAAUUCACGGCCAAGGACGCAGUUGAAGCAUCUAAACUCGAAAGUUAUGGCGGCUUGGUGUGCAAAGUGAUUCCCUUCAACCUUGAAAACUCUGGCAGCGACGAUAUUGCCGACCUCGAAUCCGUCAGUCGUGAAGUGCGGACUCUUUUCGCUCUCGACCCACUUCCUGGCUUUGUUCGGUGUAGAGGGGCACAUGUUGUGAGUGGCAAGUAUCCCGACAUUCUGCUGGAUGCCUUCAAUCUGUACAAAACCACGAAUACAGCGGAAGCAGUCAAUCCGGACCCUACCACGGCGUUUCCUCCAGAUCAAAUGUAUGUCAUCAUCGAGAUGAAUGACGCUGGAUCCCCGAUCUGCAAGUUCAAAUCAUUAUCGGCUUUUCAGGCCUUUGACACAUUCUGGAUGACCGCUAUGAUUCUCCAUCAAGCUGAGCAGAGUCUGGAGUUUGAGCAUCGGGAUUUGCAUGACGGCAAUAUCUGCUAUCGACAACGAUUGCCGAAAGGAGAAAAUGACAAAAGAGAAGAAGACAUCACAGAGAUGACCAAGCUUCCGGAAGCUAGCGUGGGUUUAUCAGACCUUGGCAUCACCAUCAUCGACUACACGUUGGCUCGAGCAAAGCUCAAAGAUGGAGACGAUGAUAUUGUGGUUUACGAUCCGAUCGAGUUCUGGGACGGUAAUGAUGCUGGAAGUGACAACCCUUCGGACCAGAAACAGUAUGAUACUUAUCGACAAGUCCGCGACUUGGCACAAGUGGCAGAGAAGUCGGCGGCAGCGAUGGCGGAGCUGGACGGUACCAAUGUAGAGGCGACUCACAAGUAUCAGAGGUUUCUUCCAAAGUCCAAUGUCAUGUGGUUGGGGUAUCUGGUGAUGAACUUGCUUCUCAGGAGAAGUGGAGGUCGAGGGGAUUAUCUUCAGGGCAGCUCUCGAGUUGCAAAGAAGCUGCAGCUCAAUAUGUGGACGAGGCUGGAGCAGGUUGAUGCAUAUAUCAACAAGACCACCGCCGAGUUGAUGCCCACUAGUGCAGGCGAUCUAUUGGAAACGGCGGUGGACCAAGGCUGGCUGUCCAAGUCUGAUAUUGAAGCGUGCAAGGCACUGCUGGAGGAGUGAGAAAAGGUCGAGGGCGAUCGACGAAUUGUUGACUUGGCAUUUGGUGUGUUGGUAGGCAAAAGCAUCCAAGCGGAUUAAUUGAGUCUAGCUAUGACGAUCUCAUGAAUGACGAUGAAUUGACC